UUUUGGGGCCCACUUAGGAUGGCCUGUUUUGAGUUGGUAAACUUUCCAGGAGUCAAAAUUUUACAUUUUUUGGGGGAAUCAUGGACACUACAUCCACUAGUCAGCAUGUUAUCAGUGCACAGCUCAAAAGUUAGCAUUCCUAAUAGUAUAAAGAUGCAUGACUGCCCUGCAUGGCAUGACCAGGCAUAAGUAAUGUUGAAUAAAAUAUACUGAUUUAGGAGCAACAUAUGCUGUCAUCCAGACAAUGCCUGCAGGGAAGAUUAGGUACAAUACUGCAAAAACAUGCUGAUCUAUAUUUUGCAUGUUUUAGACCAGUUUGGCUCUGUAGUAGAAGAGUCUGGUUGCUUAACUGGCCUCCCGACAGUUCCAAUUGAUCACCUAUUGGAAACAUUUGGUGCAAAACAAUCCUAAAACCAUCAUUUUUUACAACAACUUUUUACAGAGCGUCCUAAUGCUUAUGGAAUAGGGGUUGUAAUUUUUAGUGAAGCUGUUUCGUGGGAGUUAGGGCUAGGUGCUGAAAUUGGACUGCCUUUGCCAUCCUUCAACAUGCAAAAUAAUUUGUUCUCCUACGAGUUCCUGUUUGUUGUUUAUAUUGACUUUUUUGACCCUGUCAUUAAAUCAAGCCAGUUCCCUUUCCUCUUAAAGGAAGGAACUGUAGGUUUGAUAUGUGUAAACUAUACAUUGCAGGUCAGUACACACAGACGAGGUCUUUCCUUCACAAUACGAGCUCAGAGCUGCUUGAUGGUCUCCCUUUGUGGCCAUCGAGGAAAUGAAGGGAGAGACCUGGGGCAGCUUUUACCGACCGGCCCUAAAGGACUCUAAAUUUCUCCCUGAAUCGUCGCGUGUGAGAAGACUUCCUGUGGCUCGCUCACUGUCUGGAAGUAACUAUAUCCUCAAAGGCUUUCUGACACGCAACACCGGUACGAAAACAUAUAAUGCACCUGUUGCUUUCUGGGAGUGUUUUCCAUGGGUGGCUCUGUACGCUUUAUCUUUGAGGAUUACACAGAUCAAGGGGGUUUAAGGGGCCAAGAGGAGGAAGUCUUUGUGGUCUUUUUCACCAGUGGAUUUGAGACAUGUCGUUUACUUUCACUGUUGCACAUUGAUAAUUGAUGUAUUAACUUCAAGUACUUAAUUUUUGACUCUUACAGUUUGGUAUAAAAAAGUUUACUGCCAUCUGAAGGCAACAGCUGUGAACAAAAAGUAAAACAAACAGUUUAAAAUCAAGACUCAACAUUUAUUAAGCUGAACUUUAAAUAUGGUUGGAUUAUUUAAAAGGCCAUAAUCAGGAUAGAGUUUCUCCUGCAACAUCAUAAAAAAAAAACUAAAACAAACAUUAAAUAGAGCAAACAUACAGUGUGUUCACCUGUUAACAAUGGAAAAACACUGAGGGGUAUAAGAUUAAACAAAGUAUUUAGUGCAGGUACCAGCACAUCAACACAGCGGUGAUAGAUUCACUUAAGAUUAGAUAUUUACUGUCAGUAAAAUAAAUACACUUUGGAUACUCACUGGGGAGAUGUAUGUGUAAUAGUAGUGUGACAGUAGUAGCUCUAUUGCAGAGACAGUUAUUAAUAAUACUUGGUUGGCUUAAGUUAAAAUGAAUAUUUAUUGUUUAUAUUGAGGUUCUCAGAUAUUUUUAAUAUACAUCGCAAUCCAAAAACCUAUGCACAUCGGAUAUAUAUAUAUUUUUUUAAUUACACUUAGAUAUCAUUAUUGAGAAAAGUAAACGUUCUAGUAGAUGGUUUUUGGUAAAUGUCUUGUUUUAAAUUGGAUAUUAAUUCAGUCUAAUUUAGACUGAUGGAAAAAGUUGAAAGCAUGUUCUACAAGUUAUAAAAUCAAUCUGACAGUUCUUUGACGUUCUCCAUAUUUUUCUAAGUGUAUUGGGGGCCCUCUGGUGGCUGUAAAUAAUGUUGCAUGUAGAUUUUUUAUUACUGGAAGCAUGACUCACCUUCAGUAAGAAGGGAUUGGGGGAAAGCUUUAAAAUCAUUGUUUAUGAAUAGAUUUAAACUUUGUAAUCUUGUCAUGUGCUCUCUCCUCCUCAGAGACACUCGUUUUAAAGCUGUAGUAAUUAACUGUCAGCCUUCAGAGUUGUUAAUGAAAACAAUUAUAUAUUACACAGAGAGAAUCUGUCAUUCCUCUGCAGGUUUUUGUUUAUCAGAAAACCUCUGCAUUCCCAACAUCUCUGUCUACGUCUGUAUCAAAGUGUGUUGUACAAGUCCAAAAGGUUACUGCAGUAGGGGUGAUUAAAAGACAGCUAUACCAGAAGAGAUAUUCCAGGCUUUCUUUAGCAUACAUUUUUAAUGUCAGAUUUAUCUUAUGCCAAGUAGUUUAAAGGUAAUAAAUAUUGAAUGAAACAUCUGCUCUCACUUCAGGAAUGCGAAGCGAUCCAGUAACAGAACAAAACCAUCUUAAAUAACUUUAGUAUCUGACUCUCCUAUAGAAUCCUUGUCCUCUUGAAAUACAGCUAAAAAAUGAUCUGUUGGGCCGGCUUGCUCAUUUGUUCCAGUCAAGGGGGGUUUCAAACCAAAUCCUCUUGAAGGGUUUGAGUGCCUGACUUGAUGAUGACUUCUCACAGCUUCCUAUCCGGAAUUCCCUCAGACCGCUGGUGGCUGCAGGCGUGUAAUUUGUGCCAGAUUUUCAGCGCUGUAUCCACCCUCUGACCUCACCGCAGAGAGCUCCAUGACACAGUGUGAGUGGCCCUCCAUCUCUGAAAGUAUACAUGUGGUAUGAUAGCAGUAUUUCACACAGCCUUCAGUCUCCUAAUGUGGCUUUAUCUUCGUGACCAUGCCAAUUGUAAUGAACAAUUUGACAGGAAUCUACUUUGAAAGGAUUGUUGACUCCUGAGAAGGCAAUGUCUACUCAAAUAUGUCAGUAUUUUAUUGUUUUGUAGGUCAGAUUUAGGUGUAAACAAAGUCCUCUCUUCCUCUACAAACUUAUAUCUGCAAGACAAACAUAUGAGUCUACAGGCAACAGCGUUAAACAAAUCAAAGUGGUAGCAUACAUUUAGACUCAUAGGGUUCUGGCAAAUCAUUCAGUUUAAUUAAGUCAUUUAUCCAUUAAUAAUUGGGUCAAUAAAAUGGUAGAAAAGCAUACCUGAAUCCCUGCAAAAGAUGCUCGUUUUUAAAAGUAAACCAUCUUUAUUUUGUCUAUUUUGUAAGCUUUUAUAUGUCUGUUCAAAGUUUUAGAGAUAACUUUGAAAAUAAACUCUGAAGUAUCAUUCUGACAUGUGCUGACUUGCUCUACAGUGACACAGCCAGAGGAAAAUAAUUCACAGUUUGGAUUAUCAAUAUGUUUAUCGAUCAUCCUACUGAUGACAGAUCCAAUCCAUUUUGUCUCGCUCUGCAAGGCUGAGGGAAAUAUUUGAUAUAUAGUUGCAUGCCGCGUUCUUGAUUAAUGUUCCUCUUUACCUCAGACAAACCUUGGACCUAACCUCUGACUGUUCUUCUCUGCAGCUCCUGACAGUAAUCAGUCCAAACUGCUGCCAGAAACACAGACAGAAAGCAGACCUUUCAAAUACUACGAACAGUCCAAAGCCAACUGUAUGUAUCUUUAAGCCAAAGGUCUGUUUGACACAAAUCUUUCACUGUCUUCAUUUUGGGGUUUUAGCUUUAGAGUUUUGAUCGUGAGGUGGGCGUUGAAAGACUCAAAAACACAAUAAACGUCCUUUUUCAGGUUGAUUUAAACCAGAGAUUAAUGUUAAAUAGAGUGAUAUAAGCAGGGGGACUGUGUGUGUGUGCAGUCCGCUCAAAAUAAACCGUCUUCAUUGUAAUGAAGAAACAUGUCUCCCUCUCAUCACUGAUGUCUUUUUAAUAGCGUUUGGAAAACAAUGGAGCUCUAUCACACAGAGGAAUUAAACUGUAUCCGGCUUUGGCUGCGCAGGCGACACCGAAGAGGGAUCGAUCAUUGUUGGUUUUCAGGCUUUGAUGUGACUAUUUGAUGGUAAGAAGUACCUGAAAUAACACCAAAUCUGGAGAAAGUAGGCAUUAAGCCGCGCUCAGUCAACAAAGACAACACCUACUUGUGGAGGAAACAGUGGCCUUGAUUUAAAGGCUGGAUGAGGACUCAGAUAAUGGACAUCCAAUUGCAUCAAACAUGCUUAAUCUGAUUGGCCUUGAAUGCAAAUCCAAAUUAAAAGCAAAAAUUAGGAAAAAGAGGGAGUGUCAACCACCGACUGUGAAGAAACCAGUGAAAGAAAACUCGAUUUUAGGAGUAUUUAAUCAGAAAAGUGCUAAACAUAUGAGCGUGCUCUGGCUCACCUCUGCUUCAAGUCAGCCCAAAAAAUCAGCUCACCAGUAUGACUGAUAAUCCAGUCGUACAUCAACCAAUCUGCCACUCUUGCUCAACUAGCAUGCUUGCUUUGGCAUGUGGAAGACUCUGCUCCAGAGUCAUAUAUCCACAAAGAGAGUGGAGUGUGUGCAGGCUGGAUUAUGAAUGAUCAGAUCAGCCUUUUCAAACAUUGCAUGUGGAUAAAAAAUGAUUUGGCAGACACACUGUUUGCUCAGAGCACUUAACUUGCUCACAGCUAUCAGGAGGAAGAAAAAAAAUCAUUGUAAGUACGAAUGGACCAUCAAGGCUCAUCCUCUGAGGAUUAUGAAUUUGUGUAAGGUGAUGGACUGACAGCUUUAUUUUGCUAUAUAUGAUUAAAAAACACACAGGCAGCCUUUCUUUGCCCUCUGGUACAAACAGAGAUCUUUGAAGUACAAACACCACAGGAAUCAGCAGGGGGUCAAACACAACAUGCUGUCUCCACUUCAGCGAGGAUAAAUGGAUCUACUGCCUCUGUUGGAGAGUCAUUUCAAAACACUUCAUCUUUAGCUAACCUUUUCCAACAUUUAACACACAGGCUGAUUUACUCGCUCCACAUAAACACAGUCAAAUUGAUGCUUCAGGGUUCCUGGUAAAUGUAAUUAGUCCUCGCAGCAAAGAGUGUCUUAGAUUUGCAACUUAAUUUGUUUUCUGAUACUUGAGGGAAUUUGUUGACCUUCAAUGUGUUAUUACUGGAUCAUCAGAUUUCACAAGUUUGCACCACUUUAUGGAUUCAUUAUGGUUUAUGAUUAUUUUAAUUAAUGUGAGGAUACUUCAGAUUUCAUGCAGCCUUGGCUUCUGUGGAUUUAUGUUUACUUGUGUCCUUUUUAAGACCUCGGCGCUCGCUCAGCACACAGUUUUGGUGGCUGAUGUCUGACUGUUUUUGCAGCUGAGAUACUGUGGGGUGGAUGCAUUUGCCGCAGACCGUGGCUGAAGGAGUAUGGCUGCCGUUGAGACUUGAAUCAUCCAUUUGGCUCGGCUCGAGCAAAUAAAGCCUCAGCUCAUCUGCUCAGGGUUCAUUCACUUCUGCUGCUGUGUAAACCAAAACUUACUUUUUAUAUUUACUGUAUCUACUCUCAAGAGUGUGGCUGUGCAUGUAGGGACAAAAGCUUGAAUAUUCAGUCAUGCUUCCUGAAGAACAUAUUCAAAUAAACAGCUCCUUGCAUGUGACUUGACUAUAUCUCAUGGAAAUUCAAGAGCCGGCAAGAUCAACACGGUUUACAUUUACAUCCAGUGCAAAUGCUCUCCAAACACCUGCGCAACUGGGUUUACUUUAGUGGAGGAUUAAGCUCAUUUUGGUCCUGACUGUAUCACAGCGGUUUACAAGCCAAUCAAAACAAACCUCAGCGGGUGGCCGUGCUGUAAAGAUGUCAAACUAACACAAGACUGUAAAGCUGUUAAAUGACUGCAGAGCAAAUAUUAGUCCCUGAGUGGCAUUAAAGGACUCUUUGGCCGAUAUUUUAAUGCUUGAGCAUUAAAAAUUAAAAUCCCUCAGCUGGAGACGGUCAUAUGAGUUUCUGGGACCGUCUUCUGCGUACAGUAGAAACAGGCAGUGAUUAAAGUGUUUAUUCGAGGACAACAAUGCAGUACAAUGGCAAACAAAUGUUAAUAAAUACAGUUUUAUUAUAUUAUGUUAUACUGAUUUAACUUUAUCCAAUUAUUUCAACAGCUGUGAUCAACAUUUUAACAUUUUACUCAAAGAGCAUGAAAUCAGUUUACAAAAUAAAAUGUUUUUAAGUCUUAGCUUCUGAAAUGAUUCCAAGUAAUUUACUUCACUUUUGUUACCCCCCUGCAGAAAUGUAGAUUCUACUCAAUGCUACGGAGAGGAUCUUUUGGCUUGUGUUGAAUUGAGUGGCUCCUGACUGCCUCACCUCAUUGCUUUCUAGCCGUGUGCUUUAAUGCCUCAAACAAACAAGACAAGCGGAAAUCCAGCAUGUCCUCUCAGCAUCCCUGUGAUAUUUGAUGUACUUGUGAAACUCUGUCUCUAUGAGAUAUUGUGGGCUGUCAAAAAUGUGUCUUUUGUUGGACUUCAGAGGGACUGUGUGCUAGCUUAGCUAAGAGGCUACUUACAUUGAUUUUGUGAGUUUAUUUGGUUUUAUUUUCUUUUAAUCUAGUGUAAACACAUUAUGACUCAUAUUGUUUUGCUUAAUUAUAGUUAUACAGAGUAAUUUCACAUUCAUCAGUUACUUGACAAAAUUAGUCUCUAACCCAUGACUUCAGGUAGCUUCUGUGGUUUCUAUCUGUCUGCAUAGAUGUGCAUUUCCUUGUGCUGGAAAAUGUGUUUCAUCUGUUUAUGUGCAGAUCUUCAGACACCAGUCUAGGAAGCAGUUGAAACCAGGUGUAACUUUGUUUUAGACCGCAGGUCUGCCGCGACAACAAGACAAACCACAUGACAGAAAUCACAAGUGUUUUCACUGAUGGUCUUCUGUGGUAAUGUUGACCAUUUAGUGCCACCAAUGUAAAUCACAGUCUGUUCAUAACCCCUUUGAAUACUGGGCACAGGAGCUGUAAACCUCAGUGCACAAAUGAUUAUCAUAAGGCACUCAAUGAUGUACCACUUUUUUUGCAGGGUAGGUGGAGGUUAAUGGUUGCAUAUCUUGCAGUUCUGCAUCUGCAUAAUUUUCAAUUCUAAACAAAAUGAUAAAGGUCCAGAGACCAAACUCCUGAUAGUUUUGUUUCUGUUUAAACUGUGACAGUUUCGUUUCUCGUUGUGAAUUCAAAUGUGCUCCUCUGAUUAAUAUCAGCCUGACAUAUUAGUGUGCAAUGAUUUGUGUUUGCAGAGUCUGAAAGGUUACUGUAACUCUUAAGUGCUUCCAGCAGCUCCUCCCAUCCGGCUAUAAGAGCCAGCAGAGCAGGUAGUCAGGGUCCAACCUUCAAACAGGCCACUGCACACUGACUUAUGGAAGCUCGGUCAAGUUUUUUCUUCUCUUAAAGUUUUUACAUGCAGCGUUUGUGCCAUAUGGAGAUGUAGGGACAGUCCCUGCAGACGGUUUCCGGUCUGACCUAAGAGGAGAUUUGGAGCGGGAGCUGAAGACUUUCAUGAUGACCUUCGCCAUGCUGCGGCCCGCAGCGACCCACUUGAUCUUUUCAGACUUUACCAUCACAUCCGAGGAUGACGACAACCGCAGCGAGAGCGACGGCAGCUCGGAGAGAAGUUACUGUGGCUCCUCCGAAAAGCGACGCAGGAUUUCGCGCAAACUGGACACUGACUCUCCGGUUGUGGUGAAACAGAGGAGCGCAGCUAAUGCAAGGGAGAGAGGACGGACCCAGAGUGUUAACACAGCCUUUACGGCUCUUCGGACUCUCAUUCCCACCGAGCCAGUGGACAGAAAACUCUCAAAAAUUGAAACCCUCCGCUUGGCAUCCAGCUACAUUUCUCAUCUCGCCAAUGUGCUCCUCCUUGGGGACGGGGGCGCGGAUGGACAGCCGUGCCUCGGCGCGGUUCAUGCACAAGGAGAGAGCGGGGCGCAGCAGCCGAGGACCAUCUGCACCUUCUGUUUGAGCAACCAGAGGAAAGGGGUAAUAUUACUUUGCUGGUCAUCUUAUAUUAAGAUUUUUUGUAAAUUCAAACGUGCGUAAAAUGUAAGCUACUUUAAAAGUGUCCAGUUUAAGAUAAAAGUGUCGUAUGAGCUCGGAGACAAGGCCCACUUGACCUUUCGUCUUGACCAUGCUCUUACAAAAACUUGUCCCUAAUGCAGCAUCUGUUUAACUUUCAGUCAUGCCCACCUUAUGGUAGCCCAGUGUUUUGUCCUUGAGCGUGUGCGUAAAAUGUGCUUUUACGCACAGCACAUGUCGAAGCUGGCUGUAAAUUCUUUACUCAAUCAAACACAGAUUCCUUAAUUUAUAUGAAAUCAAAUUACAAAACAUGUAGUAUGAAUAAAAGAAUUCAUCUUAUUUGCAUUAAUGAUGAUUUGUAGAGGAUGCACGUAGAAUUUCAGUUCGUCUUUUCUUUGCUGGAGCAAAAAGAGUUUUACAUGUAAGUGUGACUGAGACUUUUAUUUUUAUGCUUUUUCCAGAUAAAAGAUGACAAAGACUGUUUAAAAAUGAGAGGUCUGGGUCCACUGAGAAUGAGACGCUGACUGAAGACCAGUGGAUGAUUACAACCUGAAAAUCCUCAAAGACUUUCUCAGGGAAGAGUCAAAGCUGGUGUUACAGAGCACACAAACACUCACAUAUCUACAGAUACACGAGCAAGCACACACAUGAACAUGCUGGAUCAGUGAUGAAACCGAAGAAGAGACUAUUUAUACUUUACUGAGAAUUUUUUUUAAACUUUCAAAGAUGCAGUGCAUUUUUUUUGAAACUUGUGAAUUUUUUUAAACUUUUUUUUCUCCAAAAGUUUUAAAUAAAAUAUAUUUUAUGAAAAUAAAAGUGGGUAUUUUUUUCUAAUUCCAG